AUGAUCGGAAGAAUCAGUCAGCCACUUCUCAACACUUCACAAAAAUUCAUGGCGCCGGCCGCUAGAAACCUGAUGCUCCACGAGCACCACGGAAUGAAGAUUCUUCAAGACUACGAGAUCAAGGUGCCACCAUUCGGUGUCGCCCAAGACGCCACAACCGCUUUGAAUGAGGCCAAGAGAAUCGGAGGAAAGGACUACGUCGUGAAGGCUCAAGUUCUUGCCGGAGGACGUGGAAAGGGACGUUUCUCGUCCGGACUUCAAGGAGGAGUUCAAAUUGUUUUCACACCAGAAGAGGUGAAACAGAAGGCUGAGAUGAUGAUUGGAGCUCAUUUGAUUACCAAGCAGACCGAUCAUCGCGGAAAGAAGUGCGAAGAGGUGAUGGUGUGCAAACGUCUCUUCACCCGUCGUGAAUACUACUUCUCGAUCACCCUCGACCGUAACACCAACGGGCCAAUUGUCAUCGCUUCAUCCCAAGGAGGCGUUAACAUUGAGGAGGUCGCUGCCACCAACCCAGACGCCAUCGUCAAGAUGCCAAUUGAUGUCAACGUCGGAAUCACCAAGGAGCUCGCUCAUGAGAUUGCUGUGAAGAUGGGAUUCUCGAAGGACUGCGAGCAACAAGCAUCCGAGAUCAUCGAGAAACUCUACAAAAUGUUCAAGGGAUCCGACGCCACCCUUGUCGAAAUCAACCCAAUGGCCGAGGAUGUCAACGGAGAUGUUUAUUGCAUGGACUGCAAACUUCUUCUCGACUCCAACGCCGAAUUCCGUCAAGCCAAGCUUUUCGAUCUUAAGGACAAGAAGCAAGAGGAUGAGCUUGAGGUGAUAUACGACUUACUUACGGGCAAGUAUACGACUAUUGAUUUCAACGUCGGAUGCAUGGUGAACGGAGCCGGACUCGCGAUGGCCACUAUGGACAUUAUCAAGUUGCAUGGAGGAGAACCAGCCAACUUCCUCGACGUCGGAGGUGGUGCCACCGUUGAGCAAGUCACUGAAGCCUUCAAGAUUAUCACCGCCGACAAGGACAAGGUCUCAGCAAUUCUCGUCAACAUCUUCGGAGGAAUCAUGCGUUGCGACGUCAUUGCUCAAGGAAUCAUUCAAGCCGCCAGAGAGUUGGACCUCAAGAUUCCAAUUGUUGUCAGACUGCAAGGAACAAAGGUCGAAGACGCCAAGGCUCUCAUUGCUACCUCUCAACUCAGAAUCCUUCCUUGCGAUAACCUCGACGAAGCUGCCAAGAUGGUCGUGAAGCUCUCCAACAUUGUCGAUCUUGCCCGUGCCACCAAUGUCGAUGUCAAAUUCGAGCUCUCUAUCUAA